AUGCUAGGGGAAGUAGUGCUUGGGAAAGUGCCAUGUCCAAAGGACAAGAUGCAAAGAAGAUGGAUCAAGGGUCUGUGGCUUGGAAAGCUCGGGAGAAACGACAGCCACAUCCUAGACACCACCGCAGGUGCCAUCACAGUUCCAUCAGCGCGCCGCCUGCCCAGGGAGAAUCAGGUCAACAAGGAGAUGAUGGCUCAAAUGAAGGCCAUUCCGUGGCAACCACGGGACGGCGUGCAACACAAGAUCCACCGCGAACUGUCGCAGCCUUUGGUGCUACCAGCACCACCGGCAGCGGGACCUACCGCCCUCGAAGAGGAAGCUGGGCAGGACGAGAAACUCAACAUCCCUCGUGACGAAGAGCUUGAAGAGCCAGCAGGUAGCCCCGCAGACGACUAUGCGCCAACAGCCACCACGUUCACCUCCGCCGGCAGAGGCCAGCGCGGUAGGAGGGAAGCGAGAGAGAGAGAGGCCACCGGACAAGCCCGAACCGGCGAAGCCGAACCCAAGCUGUCCCGACAAGCAGGUGUCCUGGGUCACUUCACCAGAGAGGUAUGGGAAAACAUUCAGCAGUGGGGCAACUUGGAAGAAACUGACAACCCUACGGCACUGCAGCGAAUCUCCAAUGUCACAGAGUUUGUGGAUCAGCUGCUGGAUCCGCAGGAAGUGACCAAAGCACGCAAAGCGGAGCUCAGGAAGCUUUGGGAACGUGGAGCGUUCACUCCACUUCAUAAGAAUGAAAUUCCUCAGGGAUCCCAAGUCUUCUCCCACAAGUGGGUAGACAAAUGCUCCAUCUACAAAUCCAGGUUCACCUGCGCAGAUGUGAAAGCAAAAUAUUCAGCUGCUGAGGAGGAGGAACUCGACGUGUUUGUUCCUACCCUGACUCCAGAGUCACUCAACCUUCUGGAGGUUUAUGCGCUGAUGAAUGACUACUUCACCCGCAGUCUGGAUAUUGUGGCCGCGUUCUUGAUCGGUAAGGAUCGAGGAGCCGCGGAAGGAAAGCCCGUGUACAUGCGAACCCCUGUGGAAUGGCAAGAAGUUUUCCAAGAAUGGCUGCAGACACUGAACCCAUCAGACAAAGCCUUGUACGCGGCAAGGUUCAAAGAGAUCUAUAUCCGCCUUGACUGCAAUCUCUAUAUGGCCGAAGGACUGCCGGAUCGGUCUACAGGAACGAGCUUGAAGAGAUUGUCUGCUCGCGGGUGGAUCCGCAGCGCUAUGCCUUCGUUAGAGGCCAAAAGGAUCGUGCGUCUUCCGGUACACUAA